AUGUCAAAUAUUAUUUACUAGUAAAUAUCAAAAAACUCAUAAACGUCACGUUGCGUCCACUUAAAUAUAUUUUUGCUUUUUUACUUUACAUGAUUUAAUAAAAAAGAACAGGUUAAUUACCUAUAAACGUUAGUGAGACAAGAUUCAAUCAUGGCAAGACACCGUAACAUACGAUCAAUGAACUUUUCCGAUGAAUGUGACGCUUACGAUGAUGUUUACGGUCAUUCCGUUGAAGAAGAUUUUUGUAUGUCUCCAAGUGAUGCUGCUUUUAUUUAUGAUAGGGAAGGUAGCCGAAAUCAACAAAGAAUUGGGCAAUUUUUUACUGAUAAUAUAAGAGAAGAAGAUGAAAGUGAUGUACUGGAUGAGUAUAAUCUUUCUGAAGCUGAUAAAAUAAAACUAAAUGAUGCUCUUAAAGAAUUAAAAGAAACUUUGGGAAGUUCAGCAACAAAAAAAGAAAUGGCACAAACUUUAUUAGAUACUAACUUUGAUGUUAGUAAAGCAGCAAAUAUUUUAUUAGAUAAAGGACCCUGCAUACAAAUUAAACCAAUCGAAAAAAAGGAAAAAGCAAUAGAACCAACAACAAUUACAGUAAUUGCAUCAAGCGGAAAAUCAACAAACGUAAUAAAAGGCUUUGAUAUUCUCUCACCAAAGGAUUCGUCUCGUUUAAAUACAUCUCGCCCUCAAUCUCCAAUAUCCGGAAGAGGAACUCCAGUAAACGUUCCUCAGUCAACAACAACAUCCGAUUUUUCGGACGAUUUAAAAUCGCUUCGUGUAAAAGAAAGUAAAACCGGCGAUCCCAUGGCUCAGUACAAAAAAGAAAGAGAAGGAAACAAAGAAAAUUUGUACAUGGUUAUUAUUGGUCAUGUCGAUGCUGGAAAAUCGACAUUAAUGGGACAUUUAUUGUGUAGUUUGGGACAAGUAAAUCAAAAAACUAUGCAUAAAUAUGAACAAGAAAGUAAAAAGUUGGGGAAACAAAGCUUUAUGUAUGCUUGGGUUUUGGAUGAAACUGGCGAAGAAAGAACUCGAGGGAUUACUAUGGAUGUUGGGAGAUCUCAAUUUGAAACUAAAACAAAAAUGAUAACACUUUUGGACGCACCUGGCCAUAAAGAUUUCAUCCCAAAUAUGAUAUCGGGCGCCGGCCAAGCAGAUGUAGCGCUUCUGGUAGUUGAUGCCACAAGAGGCGAAUUUGAAACGGGAUUCGAUUUUGGCGGUCAAACCCGCGAACACGCACUUUUAGUUCGUUCUUUGGGAGUAUCUCAAUUGGCAGUUGCCAUAAACAAAUUGGAUACCGUUUCAUGGUCGAAAAUGCGUUUCGACGAAAUCCAAGUGAAGCUAAAAACAUUUUUAAAACAAGCAGGAUUUAGAGAAAGCGACGUUACGUUCGUACCAUGCAGCGGUCUAACUGGACAAAAUCUUAUUGAAACUCCUACAGAAAACGAAUUAUUAUCUUGGUAUAAAGGACCCACACUAAUUGAGGUUAUAGAUAAUUUUAGAUGUCCAGAAAGACCUAUAUCAAAACCGUUUAGAUUCUCAGUUAAUGAUAUGUUUAAAGGUACUGGGGCAAAUUUUUGUGUUUCAGGAAAAGUAGAAACGGGUGUUGUAAAUGUAGGUGAUCGCGUUUUAAUUUGUCCCUGCAAAGAACUUGGUGUUGUUAAAGGAUUAUCAAUUGAAGAUUCUAGCAAACAAAUUGCUUUCGCUGGUGAUCAAGUGGCGAUCACAAUUUCAGGCGUUGAAAUGCAAAAUGUUUCGGUUGGAUUUAUUGUUUGCGAUCCUUUAAAUCCAACACCUGUAUCAAGUAAAUUUGAAGCUAGGAUUGUUGUUUUUAAUUUAAUACAUCCAAUAACUAAAGGAUUUUCAGUAAUUUUACAUCAUCAAUCUUUAGUUGAACCAGCUGUGAUAACUCGUUUAAUAGCACAGUUGAAUAAGAGUACUGGAGAGAUACAGAAGAAACAUCCAAGAUUUAUAAGUAAUAAUACAAGCGCAAGUGUUGAGAUACAGACAUCAAGGCCGAUUGCUUUAGAAUUGUAUAGCGAAUACAAAGAACUGGGCAGGAUAAUGAUCAGGGUGAAUGGAAAGACGAUCGCUGCUGGUCUUAUUACGAAAAUUGUUAAUUAAAAUAUAGACUCCUUUAAUAAGUUUUUUUAUUUUGUAUAUAAUUAAUAAA